AUGGAGGGUGUAGCCUGGCAACACAUCGCGGGGCUGGAAUCUCCACGUGUGAGUUUCGUAGGCUUCCGUGUGUAUCGCCAUUUGCGCGAUGACACAGAAGGGACACCAUACGCUGAAGAGAGUGUCUUCGAUGCAAGUCCCGGGAAUGCGAAAGCCAUCUCGGACGUUGCGCCGGAGAACGACAUGGUCACUAUCGAGUACUUCCUGGUCCGGCCCAAGGCCACAGCGGUGGAAUCCAUUUGGCACAACACCUUGGACACCGUGUCUUGCAUCGCCACUGACUUGUUCAUAGCCAACGACUUGAGUGCACCAGACAUUUCUUCGUUGACAAGUUGAACUUGCAUAACAUACAGCAGGAAAAAGGCCAAAAUCGCAGCGUAGCAUAUGCCGUACAGGGCAAGCAGGGGUACAGUAAGGAAUCAAAUGAGGCCGAUGCGAUGGGUGAUUUGAGCCAAGGCAACACAAGGACAUAGGAACGACAUAAUGCAGUUGGGCAGCAUGUUGGUGUAACAAUCGCAAAUCCCGACAUUCCAGUACCCAAUGAUCAGACCGUUUGCAUCCACUCCUCGUCCCAGUCGUCCUGCGUCCACAACUCGUGUCGGAAGUGUUGUGUCGUGGCACGUUGAUGAUGGGAGCGGUUGUCGUCGGGG